ACGUAAGCCGUAGCUAACAACGUAAGAGUAAGCAUGAGUGAUUGUUGCAGUGUCCCGCGACGGUCACACUGCUCGCGUAUUUCGAACAUAUUUUGCAAGAAAUUCAACAAAAAAAGACCGUGGGUAAAUAAGGCUUUAGAUGCGAGCAUAGUUGAGUUUUUGUUUUUUUGUUUACUAUGGAUCUGGUGGACAUCGAUCAGGUCCUGGACAAUCUGGAAGCGGAGCUUAAAGCCGAUGAGCAGCUGAGAGGAAGUGCAGCAACAACAACAACAGCAGCUGGAGCAACGGCUGUAGUGGGCGUUGAGUCACCACGCCCACUGGGCGAUGGCAGCAGCGCUGGCGCCGCAGCCAAGAACUUUGUGGGCGUCUCUCAGGUGUUCAACAGUCUCAACGACUAUCGCAACAAUGUGAAAUCGCUGGAGACGCACGACAGCUACGAUUGGACGCAAAAUGGGGUAGAGAAGGAACGGGAACAGGAGCGGGCGAGAGAGCUGGAGAAACAAGCGGAAGAGCAGAGAAAGCUGGAGAAGCAGCGGGAGGAGCAGCUACUCAAGCAGGAGCGAGAACGGCUAGAGAGGGAACAACAGCUGGAGACGGAAAAGCAAGUGAAGCGGGAGCAGGAACUGCAGUUGAAGCGGGAGCAGGAACAACAACUGGAGAGGGAGCAGGAACUCAAGCGCGAGCAGGAAGAACUGGAGCAACUAGAAAGGGAGCAGGAAGAGCUGGAGCAACUAGAGAGGGAACAACAGCUCAAGGAGGAGAGGGAACAGCAGCUCAAGGAGGAAAGGGAACGGCAGCUACAACUAGAAAGGGAGCAACAACUGAAGCAGGAGCAGGAAAAUCAGUUAAAGCAACAACUUCAGCAGGAGCAGGAAAGGCAGCAGCAACUGGAGCGGGAGCAACAACUGAAGCAGGAACAAGAAAGGCUGCUGCAGUUGGAACGUGAACAGGAGCAGCUGUUGCAGCUGGAACGACAGCUGGAGCGGCACGCAAUAUCCAGCCUGGAGGAUGACGACGAUGAGCACGAGGACAUUAAGAAGUUCAGCGAGGCGAAGCCUUCGAAAGUGGGCGACGAUGAUGUUGCUGCCUCGCUGUCCGAAUCGCUGACCACCUCCUCUUGUUCCACGUUCUCUUCGGGUCCGUCGCCCGGCUCCGAGGAGCAGCCGAGUGACAAGCCAAGUGCGUUUCAAUUGCCUCCAAAACAGGAGGAACAACAACAACAACGGCAAGUAGAAUCGGUGGCUGUGGAGGAUUUGGCAGUGGGUCUGUCCUCCAUUUCGAUAACAAACACUACAGAAUCGCAGUCCAUACUGCCCUGUGAGGUGACCGCAUCCUCGGCAUUGGGCAAAGUGCUCAACGAGCUGUCCGAGGCGACGAGCAGCGAGCUGGACACACAGAGUCAGCCGCAGCAGGCACCACAGCAGCCAGCGCCGGCGCCAACGUUGCCCGCAGCUCCUGUACAGCGGGAACAACUACAAGAACAGCAACAGCAGCAGGAGGCGCCUCCCAAGCGCAGUCAAGCGCUCACCUUUUGCUCCACCAUGGAUGAAAUCUCUGAUACAGAGCUGGACAGCAUGCUGCAAGAAGUCGAGGCGGACAUCGAGGUGGAGCCGCAGCAGUCAGCGGCAUUUGUUGUGCCACCCAGCGUCUCGUAUCAUCACAAACCCAAAGAAAUUGACGAUGAAGACUCCACAGAAUCGGCUGUGACAGAAGAGGAAUCAGUGCGCAUACUUUCAGAGCAGGACACGACCUCAGCGGAUCAGCUAAAUGUGGACAACUUCUCACAGGCAUCGACAGUGGAGUUUGCCGAGUUGCGGGCGCAGGAAGCAACGCUGGCCACAGCAACUGUGGGCGAGGAGUUAGCUUCAUCGUUUAGCAGCAGCGCCAGCGACACGGAUUCACUGUCUGGUCGUAAGUUGGACGAAGAUGAGGAAGUCGCAGUGGAAGUGGAGGGGGAGGACGGGGAGCAGCAGCGACCACAGCGUCCGCAAACCUUGGAUCUAAAUGCAGCUGCUGCUGCUGUGGGACCACAAACGAGCGCAGGACAAACGCCGCCGGCAGAGAGCGAGCAGCAGCCAGCGCAAGAGGAAGUACCACAGCAACCUGCUGAGAUUUCCCCAGGCGACGACGUCGAUGAUGACGAUGACAGUCCCAUUUACGAGGCCGUUGGCUACAGCGAUCCGCAUGCCAAUCUCGGCAAGGUGCCGCCCAUUUGGGUGCCCGACAACAUGGCCGGUCAGUGCAUGCAAUGCCAGCAAAAGUUCACCAUGAUCAAGCGUCGGCAUCACUGUCGCGCCUGCGGCAAAGUCUUAUGCUCCAUCUGCUGUUCACAGCGUUUCCAUCUGCAGUUCGCCAACGAACCGGAGUCGCGGGUCUGUGUGCAAUGCUUCAUGAUACUCAGCGAACGUCAGGCAAAUGCUUUAGGCGGUCAGGCAGCCAAUGAAGUGGCGCCACCCUCCGCACUGCCACCGACACCGAUGCGUUCGCCCAAUCCCAACAAUCCCAUGGAGUAUUGCUCGACCAUACCGCCGCAUCGUCAAGUCACAGCAGCAGGCGGUGGACCACCUAGCGUGAUUGUGCCCGUCGGUGUGCUGAAGAAAACCGAUGGCAGCUCCUCGAACUCGUCGAGUUCGGAUGGAAAAAAGGGACGCAAACGCAAGAGCGUCAUGUUCAGCGAUGGCAUUGCGCCGGGCAGCGAACUGGCCAGCACCAUGGAGCAGCAAUGGGGCGAGGCCAAGCAGGCGCGACGUGGCGUGCAGCGCAGCAACAGCGGCGCAGGUCAAAAGCCGCCCACACCAGGGGCAAACAGCAGCAGCAGUGGAGGUGGAGCAGCUGCCUCUGGCACCUCGGGCAGCAGCAGUAUUGACACCAGCACCACAAUGGGUUUGGUGGCGCAACUCUUUCGCGGCUCCAUACCGCCCACGGCAGCGGCGGCCACCCUAAGCGCUGUCUCCCAGGGCAGCGAACAGAGUCAGAGUGCUGGUCGCAAUACGGCGCAGAGUUCGCCGCGUCGCAAAAUGGAAUCGUCACGCAAAUUGCCGCCCAGCGAUUCCCAUGGCUGUUUCAUACCCAGCGAGGAGCACGCUCUGCCCCCCAUUUGUGUGACCGGCAGUGGCGGCAACAGCAACUGUGAUGUCGACUUUAAAGUGGUGCGCAACGAUGCUGAGCUCAUCGAGCGACUGCAGCGUGAAACGCUCAAGUUCAUUCUGAAGAACAAUUUCUACGUGCACGUCAAAGUGCUCAACAUGAGCUGCUGCAUGAACCGCUGGGUGCUGAACUUUACCACAUCUGGACUGCAUCACGUGGGCAACGAUGAGCUGAUCAUACUGCUGGAGAUUAAGCCACCGCCAGCGAGCAGCGGUCCAUCGGUGCCACGCGACAUAUUCCAGCAUCUGUACGAUGUGUAUGUGGAGGCGGAGAAUGCGCGCUCCAGCACCCAGGAGCUGGCUUUUAGCAGUCCGCGGAAUGUGAACUUUUUGGGAUCACGCGAGCAUGGCGGCUUCAUAUUCAUACGGCCAACGUAUCAGUGUCUGCAGGGUGUGAUUGUGCCGGACAAUCCGUAUCUGGUCGGUGUGCUCAUCCAUCGGCAUGAGGUGCCUUGGGCCAAGGUGUUGCCGCUGCGUCUGAUAUUGCGUUUGGGUGCCCAAUAUCGUUACUAUCCGUGUCCAUUGAUCUCGGUGCGCAACCGUGAGUCGGUGUACGGCGAGAUUGCGCAAACGAUCAUCAAUUUUCUGGUGGAUUUCCGCAACUAUACGUAUUCAUUGCCCGCCAUACGCGGUCUCUACAUACACAUGGAGGAUCGCCAGACGACGGUGAUCAUUCCGAGGUAUCGCCAGAACGAUGUGAUCAAGGCGAUCAACAAUGCCACUGAUCACAUAUUGGCAUUUGCCGGCAACUUCUCCAAGGUGGCCGACGGGCAUUUGGUGUGCAUGCAGAACAUAAACGAUGAUCGUGCCGAGAUGUAUGCGUAUUCAACGCAAGCAAUCAACAUACAAGGACAGCCUCGCAAGAUUACGGGCGCCAGUUUCUUUGUGCUCAACGAAGCGUUGAAGAGCAGCAGCGGGCUGUCGGGCAAAUGCAGCAUUGUGGAGGACGGACUGAUGGUGCAAAUAAUGCCGGCCAAAAUGGAGGAAGUGCGUCAGGCGUUGCGCAAUCAAACGGACAUCGAUAUUGUGUGUGGUCCCAUCGCAGCCACCGAUGAACAGAGCGAAAUUGUCAGCAUCAAAUGGGUGGACGAUGAUCGCGACAUCAAUGUGGGUGUCAAGUCGCCCAUCGAUGACAAACCCAUGGAUGGUGUGGCCAAUAUGCGUGUGCAUGCCAGCUUCAACUAUUCAAAUACCAACUAUGCAAUACGCUUAACGGACAUUUUUAUUGUCAAGUGCGAAGAUUGGUAUGCCACAAAUGGCACCAACUAUGCUGACAUCACUCGCAUUGCCGAGCAAUUGGCCCGAAGCGCUUCGAUGGCGUUGCUACCAUUCCUAGAUCUGCUAGCUGCUGCUGGCAUCAAUAAACUGGCACUACGUGCCACACUCGACCAGGAGAACGUCUGCUAUGAGGCCGGUGCACGUGGAACAAAGUUGCCACCGCUUUAUAUGAAUGCGCUUGAUAAUCAUCUAAUAGCCACGCUGCACGGUGAAUCCUCUGGCAUUCAGGAUCCCAUCAUAUUGGAACUGGUUUUCUACAUACUAAAUGCUUAAAUACAAUACAAAGGCCAGCUGCAAAGGCGUCUCUUAAUGCUGCAUUAGCUGAUACUCUCUCCCAACGCUCCAACCAAGCUCCCCCCGGCUCCCGCUGCGUUCCGAGUCAAAACGAAAUCGAACACAACAAUAAUACGAAGAAAAGAUACUUUCUUAAAUUUCUAACCACGCAUAGCUAUGUAAGCCUCUAUAAAGUGAUCAAGUGUUGCAGCCAUCCGUUUGAUGAUGGUGCACUUACUGUAUAUAAUAAUUGCUACAUGAUAAUGUCUAUUAUCGGUGUUUUGUUUAUUCUUUUUUCUCCUCUCUUCUCCCACUCUUUUGUUUUUGUCUUACAAUCUGUCAACUUUCAAUGUUUGUAAUGAUCAACUCUUGGCAAUUUUUCAUUUAUCUCAAAACUACGUAGACCUUCUGUUGUGGAUUUAACAACGUUUUUAUGAUAAUUGUUUAUGAUUUCUAGCAAAAAAAAACACAUUUAAAAAAAUACUUGUAUGUGAUGUUCUUUAUUAUAUCCCUGUAUAUUUUCAAUAUAAAUAACGACUAUAUAACUGUUAAA